AUGGAUACGGCACCUGCAUCCCCAGAGCCCUUCCUGGUCACUCCGCAGGCCGAGGUGCUGGAGGAGCUGAUUCAGGCCCAGAUGGGGCCCCUGCCCCGGCUCGCCGCCAUCUGUAGGCUCAAGCGCCUGCCCUCAGGUGGCUACUCCACCACGGACGACNUGCAUCUGGUGUUGGAGCGCAGGCGUGUGGCCAACGCCAAAGAGCGUGAGCGGGUGAGGACCCAGGGCCACCUUAUUGCCACUGCCAUGCUCGUGGGUGCUCGAUAUCCGACAACUAAACAAAGCCCUGAGGAGCAGACCCACAGUGGCAGACCCUCUGACCCUCAUGUGUCCUCGACUAGAGAGCUCUUGGGAAAUGCUACCCAACCUACCAGCUGUGCGAGUGGCUUGAAGAAAGAAGAGGAGGGGCCUUGGGCGUAUGCUGGCCAUAGUGAGCCAUUGUACAGCUACCAUCAGAGCACAGUACCCGAGACUAGGAGUUACUUCACUCAUUAG